AUGUGCUCAGCCCCAGCUAACUCGACCAGCGCACCUUUCGAUCCCCAGAUGUUUGCCGACUUCAACUUCGCCACCACGCUUGCUCACGUUCCCGACUUCCCCCGUCGACCGGCACGUGCCACGCGCGUGAAGCAACGACGAAAGGCAAGGGGCCUGAUUCUGGAAAAGGCCAUAGCCAAGCGCGUCAAGGAGUCGCUCUCUGUGGAGGAGCUCGAUGCCGCCGUUCAAUUCCGGCACAUUGCCGUCAAGGGCGACCUGGCGUAUGCCAUCUGCCCUCGCAAGAGGCAGAGGGUCACAGAGUGGACCGAGGAGGACUACUCGGAACCGUACUGGCUGGACGAGGAGGUGGAAGAGAGGCCCGUGAUUAACAUGAUCGAGGCCCGCCGCGUCCUCCGGAACGACCUGUUCUCCCUCCCAGCGGGCCCGAGUAUCCGUGAGCAGCGUCAACAAUACAAGGCAGACAUGGAGAAGUAUGGCGAGGUGAUUGCUCCGACAAGGGGCAAGAGAAACUACGAUGGCGAACCCAAACGGGCUUACAACAACGGCCUGUUGACGCACGCCAUCAUGAAGCCCCUCCUUGCCUUCCCCAUGCCCGACCUGAGCUUCGAAUGGGUCCUCGAGACGGCGAUCCGCGAUUCUAACAAGGCCCACGGCCGCGAACCAGAAAAGCACCGCAACGUCCGGCAACCCAUUGCCAUCUUCGGCGAGUCGGACUUCUCUGUUAUCGAAGAGGAGGAUGAGCCACAGAGUCCUACCGCAAAGCUCCCGCACUUUCCCUCGAGCGCCACGCAUCAUUCGGAAGCAAGCAGGAAGACCCGGCUGGACCGAGGCCUCGUUUUCCUACGGUCCAAACUCGCAACCCUUACCGCUCAAGAGCAGGCAGAUGGACCUUCGUCACCUCUGUCCUCCCCCAUCGGACCUGGCUUCACCUUUGAAGUGCCGUCCUUCCUCUCCUCGCCUGGCCUUACCGAGACAGACGGCGACGAUGGUGAGAAGAGACUCGAGGAGGAGGCGUCCGAGCCUGUUGCGAGUCCCAUUGUGUACUUCAAGGACCGCAGCCAGGCGUCUCCAUUCAAGAAACGCAAGUCGCUCCCUGCAACGCGCCGUCCGUCUCUCACAUCCCUCCUUCGCCGGGUGUCACUUCCGCAUACCCUCCCCGCUGCCGACUCGGACCAGCUUGCUGUGGUGCAGGAUCCCCAAGAUCCAGCAUCCGGACCGCUGGUGGGUGCUCCCGACGUGUCGGUUGAGCUCCCCGCGGUGCAGAAUCCCUCCGAGGUUGAUUCAGCAUCAGCGGCGUUUGUCGAGUCUUCACCGGGGUCUACUCGCGGGGCGUCGUCGUCAUCAGCGUUGGCAUUGGCUUCUCCUGUGGCAUCGUCUUCUCCUUCGUCCGUUGUCGUCGAUGCUAGGGAAAAUCCCGACAUCUUUGGCUCAUUCCAGGAGCGUGUCGACUCACCUAUUCAGGCGCCUGCCUCCCUCGCCCACGUAUUUGACGAGGCCAAGGAGACGAUGGAUAGCAAUGUCCUUGUGAGCAGGGAAGGCGAUCGUCUGAUGGUGCGGUUCAAAGUCUCGGAGAAGUACGCUGCCAUUGUUGCACCUGAAGAUGCACCUGCCACUUCCUCGCCGUCGCCUGUCGCCGUCGCCGGCCAAGAAGAAGAGCAGGAGGAGCGGGCCGAGGAGGGAGACGAAGAAUUGCAGCAGGUACCUGACCAGGUGACUGCAGCGGCUUUGGAUGAUGACGACUCCGAUUUGAUCAUGCUUAGAGAGUUCAUGAACCGGCACGCCGCCCGUAAGGCUGCCAAAGCUGCCAAGCUAGCACCUGAGCCAGUCGAGACCGCUGCCACUCCCCCCCUCUCUCCGACCCCCAUUCCUUCUGCCCCGAUCAUUGCCACCGUUGCUCCCACGCCCGAGCGCGCUCAGAGCCUCCGUGCCGAAGCCCUGGCGUUCUCGGUCACAUCUUCGGCGGAGCGACCUCGUUCUGCUCGGCGGGCGUCUCCCGCUGUCUCAACUGCACGACGACCUCUUGGAGCCCUCGACGUUAACAGCCCGAGCCCUAGGAAGGUUAAAAGAAAGGUCGAUGAUGUUGGUGAGAGGGGGCCAUCGCCGGAGAAGAUGCCCCAGCCGCCGAAGCGUCAGCGUAGAGAUAGGGCAGAGAAGUCCGACAAGGAUGAAAAGGAAAAGCCAAAGGAGCACGAGGACACUAAGCCUGCAGAGGAGGAGGCUGGCCCCGCGACUGGCGUCAGAACCCGUGCCCAGCGGGCCGCAGAGCGCGGCGAGCCAGCUCCCACGACAAAGAUCCCCGUCAGGCACAAGGGAUAUGCCAAAGUGAGGAAUGGGGAAAAGGAUUUGUCUGCCUUGACUCGGCAGAACACUCGCACGAAUAAGGGAGGUGCACUGCCAGCCGAGCAGGUCCUGGAGUCUUUGAAGAAGGCGGCGCCAGCAAUCGAGACACCAGUUGUUGCAGAAGCUCGCAAGGACGGCAAAAGCGUUCAGUGGGCUGAACAGUUGACUAGGAGCCAGUCUGUUGAGCCAUACGUGGAGCCGCUGAGCCCCGCGGAAGAGAAGGAGGUGGGCAAUACUAGAAGCAAACCCAAGGGCUCGACGACCAAGGCCGCCGCGAACAAGUCUUCAACGGCCAAGUCUUCAGCGGCCAAGGCCGGAACGGCCAAGUCAGCAAAGGAGCGCCAGCCGGCCAUUCCCGGCCCGAAGACGGAGGGCGCAAAGGUCACCAAGCCGAAGAAGGUGUCUGCGGCAGCCAAGAAGGAACUGGGACUAAGCGCCAAUGGCACGCCUGCCAAGCGCAGUGCCCGAAUCGCCAAAAAAUAA